CGAUUACCGACUUCCUACGUCCGUCUCCCCGCCCUCUGCUAAACCGCCAAUCCCUUGGCCCAUUUCUCUGAUAUGGAUCAUAGAUUAGAACGAGCAAGCGCAAUGUCCAUAUAUUGCCCGUGAUGGCAUACUCGGAUUCUGAACCCCAUGCUGGGACAUCUGUGCCUCUCGACAACACCUGAGCGAACUCACCACAAAAUCGUGGAACUCGAAUCUGCUUCUUCUUUUGCUACCAGUGCAAGGUGAUACUCGAAAGAUCGUUUUAUCGUCUAUUCUUGACCAGACACAGCCAGAAGCACAGUGAAAGCCACGAAUCGAAGGAUUUCCGCCAUCUUCAAAGCCAAAUCUUUGUACAGAACCUGCAACGUCUGUCAGUCGUGCCUGGCAGUUACCUAUCUUGUCUAAGCAACAGGCAGCCGUUCUGAGCUUCCCCGGCUCGACUUGGGCGUGACUCUGAAGUUCAGGGUUCUACGCACCUACCUAGCGCUUUCAUACACACCCACUCAUUCACUACCAAGUUCGCCUCUACCGUACCUGUUCGCCGGGUGGCCUUAGGUCAUUGCAAUAGAACGACAAGCCAAUCACGAUGCCGUCUCAGAGGUCGUUGCCUACGCCAGUAUCAUCAGCAGAUAUGAAAGCCCAGGAACCUCCAACCCUGGCCUCCCUUCAGAUGCUGUUCGAACUACCACCACCUGCCAUUAUGCCAUCCAACGCUGCAGGUACACCUCCACAGACUCCGGAGAAAAGAUAUCCGAUGCAACCAAGCGAGACAGUCAAGUCACGAAGGCGUGCAGCAACCGUCACAGGCCCAUCCAGGAACGAUUUUGCACUCCCUCCCCCUCCUACAAGAUCACGCAAAAUCAUCCAGAUGAAGCCGCGUGAAGUUGCUGUUGCCCCACGACCUGCAUCAACCUCCAAAGAUUCGACCACUGGCAGAUCGGGCUCGGAUCUUGCGUCCACCACAACGAAACCAGUGUCAACCACACCACCAGCGACAACAGGUGGCGCCACAAAGAAACAAUCGACUGCGGCAGGAAGGAAGAUAGCGAGAAAAACAGCACAUAGCUUGAUCGAGAGGAGAAGGAGAUCCAAGAUGAACGAAGAGUUCGCCCUGCUCAAAAGCAUGAUACCGGCAUGCACCGGCGAGAUGCAUAAGCUGGCCAUCCUUCAGGCCUCAAUAGAGUAUAUCAGAUACUUGGAAGAUUGUGUCGCUAAGCUCCAGGCCCGGCAUCAAUCCAGUCCAUUACAGGAAGAAAGUGGGAUAAAGAGUCUUCCGACACCCUCUGGUCAUGAACCUUUCCAUCCUGAGACUGUCUUUUCGUUUGAAGCAAGACAAGAAGUUCGUUUAGAUGGCGACGUAGAGAUGUCGGACUCGUCAGGGGAUGAUUCACCGGCCUCUUCGCCUCCACUUGCCGCGAUCACCUCUUCCCACCAGCCAUCCGCAUCCCCGGGAAUGCCACCCCAGCAGCCGCUAAGGGAUCGACAUGAUUCGAUCUCGUUAGCUUUGACAUCGACCGAUUACCAAAGACACUACAGCUUCAGUGGCUCAUCUGUUAUUGCCUCGCCUGCCGGCUUUGGCUCCGAGGGGCAGCAUCUAUAUGGUGGCAACAGCAACAUGCACGACACGCGAGCCGCCUCGAUUUCGGGCCUAACACUGACUAGCCCUUACCUGGUAGCACGAAAUGACCUAGACCAUGAAGCAACGGCUGCUCUUCUCAUGUUGAACCAACAGACGCAACCGGAUAGGCGGAUGUCAACAACGAACAUCGACAGGCCCGCUGAAGCCGCAGCCACAGCCUCUGGAACCGUGAGAACAGGACGGGGAAUGAGUGUCAGAGACUUGCUAAGCGCAUGAGGGAUCCGGAAGGAGAUCGUUCGAUGGCGCCUCCACGUUCGACUGAAUAAGAUCAUUCCACCCUUGGGGUCUGUCUGUCGGCUUAGACUCGGGGCUCGGCUUCGCAAUUCGAGCGGUUUACAUUGCAUACAUGCUGGAUCCACGGCCACUAGUACCGGCAAGCAACCGAGCGAUCACAGGACCGGAAUAUGCAGGGUCUUGGGGUCCGCCAGGGAUAAGGAUGCCCAUGGGAAGGGUGAAGAAGGCAGGCGACCUGUUGGGGCUUUGGAAGUCAUCGGAGAAUUUCGGCUCCUUCUUCCAUGUCAAAAAGUUUCAAAAUCGCAGCAUCGCUCCAUAGAUCGAGUCGUGAGUGACUGGGAUGCGUAUAUUAUUCUGGGCUGAGGAUGCACAAAUGAAUAAUGCCUCAGAUUAGGGCUCUGGUCGUCACAGAAUGGUUCGAGAUGAAUCGGUGAUACAGGCUUACCUAUGCGAGAAAACGCUCUUCGAGACCGGUAAGGGAAAGGCCACCAGGGAAAACAUGGCAAUCGAUAGACGAAAGACAGACGUUUUGAAUUUAUUUGAUGGAUUUUAAAAUGCCAAUAGUAACAUCUCGAACAAAACUUACCAUUUAUGAAGAUUAUGGAGCCAG